AUGCUGUAGGAAUAAUAAGAAAUCUGUCCUAUCGAGUAAUUUAACCAAUUCUAUUUAGCUAGAUACUUUAAAGGUCUCUAAAAUUCCUUUGCAGAACUCAUCGAAGUUGCGAAAUUGAACUCAUGCAAUCAUACUAUCGACCUCAGACCUUAUAAAUCUCCAACACUGCAUUCUAUCUUAUAAAAAGUUGAACAAUUAGAAUAGAACGAAAAUGAAAUUCCAGAUUAAAAACCCUCAGAUAAUUUAGAGCUUAAGAAAAACCAACUCUUAGAAUAUCAGAAUCAUGCAGAGUUAAUUACUACUAAUUUCUAUACUCAAUCUGUUAUUGCAGCCAUGUAAGUCAGAAAAGUAAAGAAUGAAGCCAUCAAUUGUGCUUACAUUCAUGCCUUACAAGGAUUCCCCUCACUCAAGUAGGAAUAAGACAAAUUAAAGAAAUGCAAAUUGCAAUCCUUUCAAUUGGCGUAAGAAUAGGAAUUUCGAUUCCUUAAAUCCAUAUAGCCAAAUGUCUAUUAGCUUCACAAAAUCAAAUAGAUAUCCAAUCAUGUCUAAGAUAGAUUCAUGAUUCAUUUCACUAUUUAUCAUCCAUUCACUAAUAAGAAGAUGUAAAUCAUCAUAGCUACAAACGAUGCAACUCUUGAAUCAGUAAUCUAGGAAAUAGAUUGUCCUGUUGAAUCCACAGAAAAAAUGUUUUAUCAAGAUGAAUUACAAAUUUUUGAUCCUCCAUCAAUCAGCAUUGGAAAAAAACAAGAUGUCAUAGGGCAACUUAAAUUUGUGUUAUGUAAACAAUAUACAUAUACGCAUUUAAAUUAAUGCAAACAUAGAAUAUAUGUCAAUGAAAUACGUUCAUUGACUUAAGAUGAAGAACUUAAUUCCCCUUAUGCCAGGACCAUCUUUAAAGCACCACUAAAAAUCAGAGGAUGUGAUGGUUGUGGAAGGUCUGCUUAAUUAUUUAGGAUUUCAGAUACAUUAAUACCAGGUUCAUCUCCUGUCUUUUUAUGUAAAUUUUGUAAUGACAAUUUACAUUCGAAUGAUUAGGAAAAAGGUCUGUAAUAUUUUUGCGACUGA